CAAAUGCUAUUAAAUCAGCUGAGGGAGAUCACUGGUGUUCAGGACCCUUCCUUCCUUCACGAAGCUUUGAAGGCCAGUAAUGGUGACAUCACUCAGGCCGUCAGUCUUCUCACAGAUGAAAGAGUUAAGGAGCCCAGCCAAGAUCGUGUUGCAACAGAACCAGCGGAAGUAGGCGGGAGUGCUGCCAAUAAAGAAGUGUUAGCAAAAGUGAUAGACCUUACUCACGACAACAAAGAUGAUCUUCAGGCUGCAAUUGCUAUGAGUCUACUGGAAUCCCCCAAAAUUCAAGCAGAUGGAAGAGAUCUUAACAGGAUGCAUGAAGCAACCGCUGCAGACAGUAAACGCUCAAAGAGGAAACGUUGUGAAGUCUGGGGAGAGAAUCCCAAUCCCAAUGACUGGCGGAGAGUGGAUGGUUGGCCCGUUGGGCUGAAAAAUGUUGGCAAUACAUGUUGGUUUAACGCUGUUAUUCAGUCUCUCUUUCAAUUGCCUGAAUUUCGAAGACUUGUUCUCAGCUAUAGCCUGCCACACAGUGUACUUGAAAAUUGCCGGAGUCACACGGAAAAAAGGAAUAUUGUGUUUAUGCAAGAGCUUCAGUAUCUGUUUGCUCUGAUGAUGGGAUCAAAUCGCAAAUUUGUAGACCCUUCAGCAGCCCUGGACCUUUUAAAGGGAGCAUUCCGGUCAUCUGAGGAACAGCAGCAAGAUGUGAGUGAAUUCACACACAAGCUUCUGGAUUGGCUGGAGGACGCAUUCCAGUUAGCUGUUAAUGUUAACAGUUCCAGCAACAAAUCUGAAAAUCCAAUGGUGCAGCUAUUCUAUGGUACUUUCCUGACCGAAGGGGUUCGCGAAGGGAAGCCCUUUUGUAACAAUGAGACCUUCGGCCAGUAUCCCCUUCAGGUAAACGGUUAUCGCAACUUAGAUGAAUGUUUGGAAGGGGCCAUGGUGGAGGGUGACAUUGAACUGCUUCCUUCCGAUCAUUCAGUGAAGUAUGGACAAGAGUGUUGGUUUACAAAGCUACCUCCGGUGUUGACCUUUGAACUCUCAAGAUUUGAGUUCAAUCAAUCACUUGGUCAGCCAGAGAAGAUUCACAAUAAGCUGGAAUUUCCUCAGAUUAUUUACAUAGACAGGUACAUGUAUAGGAGCCGAGAGCUUAUUCGAAGUAAAAGAAAGUGUAUUCGAAAGUUGAAGGAGGAAAUAAAAGUUCUGCAACAAAAACUGGACAGGUAUGUGAAGUAUGGCUCAGGCCCAACUCGAUUCCCACUCCCGGACAUGUUGAAAUACGUUAUUGAAUUUGCUAGUACAAAACCUGUCUCAGAAAGCUCUCGAAGUGAAACACGGGGGACACUACCACUCUCUUCGCUUCACUGUCCAGCUGCUGACCUGACAUCUGAUGAAAGUACAGAAAGCUCUUCUCAGGAUGUUGAAAGUACCUUUUCUUCUUCUGAAGAUUGUCAACACAAGUCUGAGAGUAAGCCACUUACACCUCCGUCUUCCGUGGAAUUGCCUAUACAUCCAGCUCCUCGAAGAGUCACAGAUGAGGAGAUAAACUUUGUUAAGAGUUGUCUUCAGAGAUGGAGGAGCGAGAUUGAACAAGAUAUACAAGACCUAGAGAACUGUAUUGCGAACAGUACCCGGACUAUUGAGGGGAUGUACUGUGACCCUCUCCUUCGUCAGGUGCCUUACCGCUUGCAUGCAGUUCUUGUUCACGAAGGACAAGCAAAUGCUGGACACUACUGGGCUUAUAUCUAUAAUCAACCCCGACAAAUGUGGCUCAAGUACAAUGACAUCUCAGUUACUGAGUCUUCCUGGGAAGAACUUGAAAGGGAUUCCUACGGAGGCCUGAGAAACGUUAGUGCUUACUGUUUGAUGUAUAUUAAUGACAAGCUGGCCCAUUUCAAUGCAGAGACAGCCUCAAAUGAAUCAGAUCAAAUGUUAGAAGAAUUGGAAUCUCUGUCUGUUGAGCUUAAGCAUUACAUUCAGGAAGAUAACUGGAGGUUUGAGCAGGAAGUAGAGGAGUGGGAAGAAGAGCAGUCUUGCAAAAUCCCUCAGAUGGAAUCCUCCCCCAAUUCACCGUCACAGGAUUUCUGUACAUCACCAGAACCUUCAGUAACCUCUUCUCAUGGGGUUCGGUGUUUGUCAUCUGAGCAUGCUGUGAUUGCCAAGGAGCAGACUGCCCAGGCCAUUGCGAACACAGCGCGUGCCUAUGAGAAGAGUGGUGUAGAAGCGGCGCUGAGUGAGGCAUUCCAUGAAGAAUACUCCAGACUCUAUCAGCUCGCCAAGGAGACCCCCACCUCUCACAGUGAUCCUCGACUCCAGCAUGUCCUUGUCUACUUUUUCCAAAAUGAAGCACCCAAAAGGGUAGUAGAACGGACACUUCUGGAACAGUUUGCCGAUAAAAAUCUUAGCUAUGAUGAAAGGUCAAUCAGUAUCAUGAAGGUGGCUCAAGCUAAACUGAAGGAAAUUGGUCCAGAUGACAUGAAUAUGGAAGAGUACAAGAAGUGGCAUGAAGAUUAUAGUUUGUUUCGAAAGGUGUCUGUGUAUCUCCUAACAGGUCUGGAACUCUAUCAAAAAGGAAAGUACCAAGAGGCACUUUCAUACCUGGUAUAUGCUUACCAGAGCAAUGCUGCUUUGCUAAUGAAGGGGCCCCGCCGAGGGGUGAAGGAAUCUGUGAUUGCUUUGUACCGAAGAAAAUGCCUUCUGGAACUGAAUGCCAGAGCAGCUUCUCUCUUUGAGACAAAUGAUGAGCAGUCUGUAUCAGAGGGCAUUAAUGUUAUGAAUGAGUUGAUCAUUCCUUGCAUUCACCUUAUCAUUAAUAAUGAUAUCUCCAAGGAUGACUUGGAUGCCAUUGAGGUCAUGAGAAACCAUUGGUGCUCUUACCUUGGGCAAGAUAUCGCAGAAAAUCUGCAGCUGUGUCUAGGGGAGUUUCUGCCAAGGCUCCUGGAUCCCUCUGCAGAAAUCAUUGUCUUGAAGGAGCCUCCGACUAUCCGGCCCAAUUCUCCCUAUGACCUUUGCAGCCGAUUUGCGGCUGUCAUGGAAUCAAUUCAGGGGGUCUCAACUGUGGCGGUGAAGUAAGCACCCCUACAUGUUCCAAGGCC